GAUCACCGAUCCACGGAAAGAGCCGAAGAUGUCGGCUCGGUCAUGUGGUCAGCUGUGUCCAAUCACAGCUGAUCACAUCGCCACCUGUCAGUGCCCAUCAGUGCCAGCUCUCAGUGCUCAUCCAUGCCACCUGCCAGUGCCCAUCAGUGCCACAUCAGUUCCACAUUUCAAUGCCCAUCAGUGCCACAUCAAUGCCACAUAUCAGUGCCCAUCUGAGCUGCCUUUCAGUGUCACCCAUCAGUACCAGUUAGUGCCACCUAUCAAUGCCAGUCAGUGCCACCUAUCAGUGCUGCCAAUCAGUGCCACCUAUCAGUGCCAGUCAGUGCCGUCUAUCAGUGCCAGUCAGUACCGCCUAUCAGUGUGCAUCAGUGCUGCCUAUCAGUGCCCAUCAGUGCUGCCUAUCAGUGCCCGUCAGUGCUGCCUAUCAGUGCCACCUAACAGUGCCAGUCAGUGCCGCCUAUCAGUGCCAGUCAGUGCCGCCUAUCAGUGCCAUAUAUGAGUGCUGCCUUUCAGUGCCCAUCAGUGAUGCCUGUCAAUGCCCAUCAGUGCCACCUAUCAGUGCCUCCUCAUCAGUG